UUUCAGUAAAAAACAAUAUAAACAUCUUUAAUUUGCGAAGAGGCCGGAAAUGGAGCUUCUGUGUCGAAUUUGUGGGGAGCCAGCCGUAAAUCCGAGAAGACUCUUCGACGAGAAUGGAGCCGAUGUAUUGAACGACAUCCUCAAACUGACGGGCAUCUGGCUUACUAAGAGAGUAGGAUUCCCCUCACAUAUAUGCUCUUCCUGCCUGCAAAACUCAAACGAAGCCAUGGCAUUCAGGGAACUUUGUAUAAGAACCAACAACCUUUGGUACGAAACACUCGAUGCAGCCGACACCAAACCGGCAGACGACGAAGUGCAUUUGGAGCCCAUAAUUGAAGACGAUGAAGCGGCGGAGCCUGAGGAGAACAAUGAAUAUAUCACACUGGAAAUCGAAACUCUGUGUGAGGAACUAAAGUCUGCAAGUCCUUCGAGCCUUCAUGGAGAACCGGUCUCAUUGUCUGCUUCGUCGCGUUGUCACAGUAAUCUAUCCAAUAUGCGCAGAAAAGCUGAUGAUGGAGACUAUGAUGAUGAGCACUUGGAUUUUGAUCCCAUGAUAAAUGAGGAUUCUUUGCUUGACCCUGAAGAGGAGGAAGAUGAGGAAGACAAAGUGAUAGAAAAAAAUUUGUCAGGGCUUAAGUCACGAUUAGAUUCAUGUUCUGUACCUAAGAAAGGAGUGCGCCGUGCUUCCAAGAAAUCAAGUGUAGUUCCAGGGGAUAUAUCAAAGAAGAAGCGUUAUAGACGAUCCAUUGGUGGCUUUUACUGUGACCAAUGCGGCAAAUGGUUCAAAGAUAAAAGCAACCUCAAUGUCCAUUUGACGCGACACACGGGCGUGAAGCAGUUUGAAUGCAAGGAGUGUGGUCGGAAGGAGUUUACCAUGCACCUUUUGAGCCUACACAUCCGCGUAAAACACAAAGGGGAGCUGCCAUACUCGUGCAAGUACUGUGGACAGCGCUUUGACAACUGCAUAAAACGUUUGAGACAUGAAAGGCAGCAUAAGGAGAGCCCCGAUAUUCGCCCUCACGUCUGUCCUGUUUGCGGAAAAGCCUUCCAACUGAAGAGGGCCUUAAGGAUGCACGAGAUUGUACACACGGGUGAACAACCAUUCCACUGCGAGACCUGCAACGUUUACUUUAAUCGCAAAUCCAGCUUACAAACCCACAACCGAUCGAAGCUGCACACCAAAAAAGUUGGUCUGGAUCAGAGCAAAAAACUGCUGGACGAAGAUGCGGAUACGUAACGGCAAAAAGCAGUCAAUAAAUUACCAUAAAUAUAGGUUGUUGGUUUCAUUUUUAAAAUUGAAGUUGAUACGCGCAUAA